UGAGGAAAGAAAGAAAUACAGAAACAUCAAAGUGGCAAAUAGAAACAUGUGAAAUCAAAAGGGCAGAUUUUGAAUUAACAGAAACCUCUAAUCAAAAUGUGCUAAUAGCCGGACCUUCUUUCCCAUAUUUCAUUAAUCAAGACUACACAUCUUAUUUAUCCACACCAGUGAAAAUAUAUAUUCUCUGCAGAUCAGCCAUGUUAACCCUCGAGUUUUCAACUUCCUUACUGUUUUGCCUCCUUCCAUUACUUCUCUUCUUCUUCAUCAAAUCCACUUCCAUUUUCACAAAAUCUUCUUACUCAUCCAAUUCCGGUAAGCUUCCCAGAUCAUACCCAUUGAUCGGUUCUUCCUUGGCAAUCUUCGCAAAUCGACAGCGCCGAAAUCAAUGGAUUUCGGACGUUCUCAAAAACUCACCCACUUCGACCUUCAUCCUCCACCGCCCUCUGGGUUUCCGUCAAGUCUUCACUGCCAACCCCUCCAAUGUCCAGCACGUCCUCAAGACCCAUUUUCAUCAAUACCAAAAAGGUAAAAUCUUCCGCAGAACUCUAUCGGACUUUCUCGGCGACGGCAUAUUCAACACUGACGGAGACACCUGGAAGUUCCAGAGACAAGUUUCCAGUCACGAGUUCAACACCAAGUCUCUACGUAAAUUCGUCGAACACGUAGUGGACGUAGAGCUCUCCGAUCGUCUCCUUCCCAUCCUCUACGCCGCUGCCAAAAACAGAACCGUGCUCGACCUCCAAGACAUUCUUCAGAGAUUCGCGUUUGACAAUAUAUGUAAAAUCGCAUUUGGGUACGACCCUGCUUACUUGUUACCUUCUCUGCCGCAGGCAAAAUUCGCAGAAGCUUUCGAAAAUGCGGUUCGGAUCAGCAGCGAGAGGUUCAAUUCAAUUCUUCCUCUGAUCUGGAAAACCAAAAGACUUCUCGAUAUCGGAUCCGAGAAGCAGCUUCGGAUCGCUGUCAAUGAAGUACGCGAAUUCGCUAAACAGAUCAUCAAAGAAAAGAAACAAGAACUCACUGUAAAAUCAGAACUGGCCUCUGUAGAUCUACUAUCUAGAUUCUUGAGCUCCGGUCAUUCGGAUGAAAAUUUCGUUACAGAUAUAGUCAUCAGCUUCAUAUUAGCUGGCCGAGACACCACAUCGGCGGCUUUAACGUGGUAUUUCUGGUUGCUCUCCAGUAACCCAGAGGUUGAAGAGGAAAUUCUCAGAGAGAUCGGAGAGAAGUCCGAUUCGCCGAUUUACGACGAAGUGAAGGACAUGGUUUACACACACGCUUCGUUGUGUGAGAGCAUGAGACUGUACCCGCCGGUCCCCGCCGACGGCAAAGAAGCAAUGGACGACGACGUUUUGCCGGAUGGGACGGUUGUGAAGAAAGGGAUGAGGGUUACUUAUCAUCCUUAUGCAAUGGGGAUGUUGGAGAGGUUGUGGGGGUCAGACUGGGCGGAUUUCCGCCCCGAGAGAUGGUUGGAGAAGGAGGCGGUCACCGGGAAAUUGAGGUUCGUGGGGAGGGAUGCUUACACGUACCCGGUGUUUCAAGCGGGACCCAGGAUUUGUCUGGGGAAGGAGAUGGCGUUCCUGCAGAUGAAGAGGGUGGUUGCUGGUGUUUUGCGGCGGUUUAGGGUGGUGCCGGCGAUGGAGGAAGGUCUAGAGCCGGUGUUCAUAUCGUACUUGACGUCUAAAAUGAAAGGUGGUUUUCCGGUGAUUAUUAAGGAAAGGGAUGACAAACUUUAAUCUUAUUCAAGUCAGUUGUGUUGUUACAUGUUGUUGUUGUGUUGUUUGUACUUUUCUCAGUAUUCUUUGUAUGUUGUUUGUUUGUAAUUUGCCAUACAUGUUAUUAAGGUUGGAUGAUGAUUUUAAAGACUAA